GAGCUAGCUGGCAAACUGGCCUCUGUUCAGUUCAGUGAGUACGGUUCGUUCGUUCGAUGAAGCUUUGUCGUCGUGGUCCUCCUCAGCAGUGAGGUCGAGGUGAUAGCAAGUCUAUUUUUUGUGUUGCUUUUUCCUACUGCUCCUAUCAAAGUCCGACGGAAUAAUUUUACGGCCGAAUAAUGGACGGUCUUCCCACUUAGUACGGUUCCGUUUGGGUGAUUUUCGACAUCAGCGUCGCGCGGUGGCCAUUGAACGCGAAACUUCCUCAAUUCUGAUGCAAGAAAAUUCGAGGCGAACCUCUGCUUUCGGAUGCUGUGCUCGAUUGCUUGGAAGUGGUCCAGGAAUUGUGUGCGUGGUUCCAUCCUGUCUCCACAAGGGAAAAUCGAUUGUUUUGGUUCCGAACGGUUAUGGAAGGAAUGAUCCAGUGUUGAAAAAUUAAGUAGAUGUCAAGAAUCGGGUCGUGUCACGCCUGGGCGGUUCCGAAAAUGCUAUUUUCGAUAGUUUAAAUACUGCAGAAUCUCCCCACAAAUUGUGAAUCUCAAACGCAAUCUCAAGUUUUUUUUUUUGUUUACGUUGUGUGUGAAAAUCUUUGGGAGUGCUCAAAUAUUUAUAGUUUAAAACCUACAUGUUGUAUGAAAAAAGGUGUGGUGAUAUUGUAAAGAUCGAAACAAAAAAUCUCUCCAAUAAUUUAAAAUAUUGGAUACUAGGUACCUAAAGAGUACGACGCAAAUCAUCUUUGUGGUGUUUUGUGUUCCCCAAACAAAAAAGUCGUAUCCGCAGCAUCCGCAAAGAGGAAGGAAAAAAGCAACAAAAUCAUCACCGACGACGAGCGACGUGAUAAAGUAAAAGGCAAAUAAGUCUCGUGACAGCAUCGUCGCCGCAUUUGGCUUCAAGUGGCCAAGCAGAAGAGCCAAAAGAAGGGAAAAAACCUCCCGAAAAGAUAGAAAAGAAAUUGGGCGACGUUGUUUUAAUUUUAUGAUCCUGCUGCUGGCUGACUGAGGAAGGAAACACAUCGAGCCGUGACGUUUUAUCGCUUCCCGAAAGCAUAGCUCUGCUGCGCUGCCAGGGGCAAAUCUUUCUCCAGGAGUGAGAUGUUCGCCGGAAGUGAGUGUUACCGCAUUGGAAGAUUGGACAUCUAACAACACAACACCAUCAUCCGUUGGACAGGGUGGAAGCAAAUAGCAAGUUUUCCAGGCAACACACCGUUGAGGCUUUACUAGCGCUGGCAUUUUCCCCUUCCCAAUUCCGGCUCCGACUGCGACUCUAAAUGGCCCCAUGGCGUCGUGUAGCCGUGCGCUCGCUAUCAAGGCGACGCUUGGGGCUGGCUUCCUGCUGAUACUGCUCAAUCUGCUAGCCUCGCGCUGGGACUCGACACCGAUCGGGCUGCCGCGGAUGGGCACAACACAAUGGCCAAAACGCACAAGAACCAGCCACGAAAUGGCCAACCACGUGGCAAAUUUAAACAACAACAACAGCAACACCACAACUCAGCAACGGAACAACGAUAGCCACACCAGCAAUCAUACCUCAGCCUCAGCGGUCGCCCCCGGGGACCCGGAAUCGUCCCCGAUUGCCACCAUCCUGGCAAAUGGCAGUGGCCUCAUCAGUCCGAACGAAUCACAACCGGCCGGCGACCUUUCCGGAUCCAAUUCCUCCUACUCCCCCCACAAUUCCUCAGCUCCUGCGGCUCCAGGAGGAUCCGUGAUGGCCGCAGUCGCUGAAAGUAGUAAAAAUUCCAUUAGACCUUUAAGUAGCAACAGUGAGCAUCUCAUAGCAGCUAAUAGUUCCAAUAGUACCAAUACCAGUAGUAGUAAUAGCAGUAGCAACAGUUAUACUAGUAACAAUAAUAAAACCAAAAGUGAUAGCCCCCUGCACCCGGAAUCGUCCCGGAGCGGCGGAUUGAUUGCGAGACUGGUCCAGCAGGAGAGCUGUCCACCCAUUCCUCCCAACCUAGACGGUCCCUACGAGGUGGAUAUGGCGUAUGAAUCUCUUACCUCAGUAGAGCAAAAACUAGCUCCGAAGUUGCAGCCUGGUGGCCAGUACAGUCCUCGCGAAUGUGCCGCCCACGAUCGGGUGGCCAUCAUCGUUCCCUACCGGGACCGGGAACAGCACCUACCAGUAUUCCUUAAAAAUAUGCACCCAUUCCUACAGAAGCAGCAGAUCGAGUACGGGAUCUAUAUUGUGGAGCAAACGUCCGGAUCGCAGUUCAACCGGGCCUCGCUCAUGAACAUUGGCUUUGCCGAAGCCAUGAAGCAGAAAAGCUGGGACUGCAUGGUAUUCCACGAUGUGGAUCUACUUCCGAUGGACGAUCGGAAUCUGUACACCUGUCCGGAUCAGCCGCGGCACAUGUCCGUUGCCGUGGACACAUUCGGUUUCAAACUGCCCUACAACACCAUCUUUGGCGGCGUGUCCGCAAUGACCACCAAACAGUUCCGCACCGUCAACGGAUUCUCCAACUCAUUCUGGGGCUGGGGAGGCGAAGACGACGAUAUGUCCAAUAGACUGAAGCACGUCGGAUUUCACAUAGCACGCUAUCCGAUCAAUAUCGCCCGCUACACCAUGCUUUCCCACAAGAAGGAGAAGGCCAAUCCUAAAAGGUACGAAAAGCUCGUGACUGGCGCCAAAAGGUACGACAGUGAUGGGCUGAACUCGCUGCACUACCAGCUGGUCAAUCUGAUCCGGAAGCCACUCUACACAUGGGUCCACGUGGAGAUAUCGCCGGAUAGCAGCUGAUGACAGUCGUUCCUAUCGAACUGGCUUGGAUGAGAUGGCCCUUCAACCAACAGUACAGGUCAGAUCGGUACCAACCUGAUCGAUUGAUUAAACAAUUCCGCACAAUCUCAUCAUCUCAUAGCAGUUAAAUAAAUCAGAAAGCGGGGCCCGCGAGUGGAAGUUGCGGCAAAAUCAGCUAACAACAUCCAUCUUUGUAAAGGUUAUGUGUAGUACCUAUGGCUAUUUAUUCUACGGAAAAAUUGGAACGGAAGCUGGGCUGCUUUUUCUCUUCUUGGAGAAGGUUGUAUAUAAACACUAGAUCUUCGAAUUGGUAGUGUACUUCGGAAAAGUGGAAGACCCUGAACGAUAAUAUCCGUCUAUUUUUUAGUUGAUCUUUUAGGGUUUUUUUCUAAUUAGGUGAAAAUGUUAAAGUGGAAAAACGAUGAUUAGAAAAAGAUAUUACGAUAAUCAUCUGAAAGUGAGAUUUUAGGAAACUGUGUUACUUAAUUUAGGAAUCAAAAGAAAAAUAAACAGGUACUCGAACGUGGUGCCUUCUGGCAGAUAUUAGUUUAAAAAUCAUUACCUGAUGAUGAUGAAUAACGAUCAAAGGAGAAACUUGUCUCGCACUUAGGCACAAAACGAAUCUUUUUUUAAUUGUAUUAAAGUUGCAAACACACAGCUCCACUCGAGAAAAAAAAGAGUUAUAAACUAGUUUAACGAAUGAUUUAAAAUGUUAAAAAAUUUCUAAAAAAAACGCACGAAAACCAAAUCUUUUUCACGUGGGCACAAUUAUGAAACUUUAAGUUCCGUCCUGUCGAUAAUUAACAUUCGGUGAAAUUAGCACUAACGGUACUAUUGAUAGGUUUUUCGAUAAAUUACAACACAAUCUUGAUUAGAAGAUAGCAACAAACAAAAAAUAAUUUAUCGUCUCCAGACACUAAACAUUCAAAAAAAACACGAAUACGUACACAACUGAAACGUUCAAUCAACUCUUAGUGAAAUCUCUAGUAGAAUCAAUUCAAUUCGCAACGGAAAAGUAUUAUCGAGAAGACAACAAACAAACAAAAAAAUAACAAUUAUUAUCGAAACAAUCCUGUAACGAUGAUUAAAAUAAUAGACUAAAAACCAGUCUUGAUAUUUAAAUUGUUAUAAAUUAUUCAGCAUCAAGCAAGAUCAACGUCAGACAAGGAACAUCUACGAAUGUUUUCAAUUUUCUCAGUAGAAUCUUAAUAGUUAUUUUUUGAUAAAAUAUGAAAAAAAAAAACAACUCAAGCACUUUUCACAAAAAAUAAAACAAAAGCUACGCCAAAAAUAGACAAGCGUUGAAAAAAUUAGAAACGUUACGGAUUCUUAAAUUCGGUUAAGUUGCACUGAAUGCUGUUUAGAUUCUUUAAAAAAAAGUUCUGUUAAAUUAAAUGAAAAAAGGUAGAUAGGUUGAUAUAACUAUUAUUAUUGCUGCAAAAUAAAAUGUUUUGAAAACGUGAGUAUAACUCAAAAUUUUUAGAUCAAAUUAUUCAUAUCUGUACUAUCUUUAGUGUUCACUUGGAACAUUUUACCUCUUCUAGUUUACAAAAUGUUUACGAAAAAUUCUCUCGAGAAAAUCGUCAUGAAAAUAGCCAAAGUUAUUUGUUAACGAUUCCAGCAAGAAAAUUCAGGUCAAAAUUUUAUAUUUAGCCCCAUUGCUAUCCCAUUUAAAAUAUUUGUUUGAAUCAUCUUUAAGAAUUUAAAAAAAUUAAUUCGGUGUCAAUAUCCAGAAAUUUAAAUCACAAUCUCAAUUUCAAAUAAAAACUCUGAAUCUGAAAUCUGAAAUCUGAAAUCUAAAAUCUGAAAUCUAAUUUUGAAAUCUGAAUCUGAAAUCUGAUUCUGAAAUUUGAAAUCUGAAAUCUGAAAUCUGAAAUCAGAAAUCUGAAUCUGAAACUGAAUUUGAAAUCUGAAAUCUAAAAUUUGAGUCUGAAAUCUGAAUCUGAAAUCUGAAUCUGAAAUCUGAAUCUGAAAUCUGAAUCUGAAAUCUGAAUCUGAAAUCUGAAUCUGAAAUCUGAAUCUGAAAUCUGAAUCUGAAAUCUGAAAUCUGAAUCUGAAAUCUGAAUCUGAAAUCUGAAUCUGAAUCUGAAUCUGAAAUCUGAAUCUGAAAUCUUAAUCUGAAAUCUGAAUCGGAAAUCUGAUUCUGAAAUCGGAAUCUGAAUUCUAAAUCUUAAACCUGAAUCUGAAAUCUGAAUUUGAAAUCUGAAAUCUGAUUCUGAAAUUUGAAAUCUGAAAUCUGAAUCUGAAACUGAAUUUGAAAUCUGAAAUCUAAAAUUUGAGUCUGAAAUCUGAAUCUGAAUUUGAAAUCUGAAUCUGAAAUCUGAAUCUGAAAUCUGAAUCUGAAAUCUGAAUCUGAAACCUGAAUCUGAAUCUGAAAUCUGAAUCUGAAAUCUGAAUCUGAAAUCUGAAUCUGAAAUCUGAAUCUGAAAUCUGAAUCUGAAAUCUGAAUCUGAAAUCUGAAUCUGAAAUCUGAAUCUGAAAUCUGAAUGUGAAAUCUGAAUGUGAAAUCUGAAUGUGAAAUCUGAAUCUGAAAUCUGAAUCUGAAAUCUGAAUCUGAAAUCUGAAUCUGAAAUCUGAAUCUGAAAUCUGAAUCUGAAAUCUGAAUCUGAAAUCUGAAUCUGAAAUCUGAAUCUGAAUUCUGAAUCUGAAAUCUGAAUCUGAAAUCUGAAUCUGAAAUCUGAAUCUGAAAUCUGAAUCUGAAAUCUGAAUCUGAAAUCUGAAUCUGAAAUCUGAAUCUGAAAUCUGAAUCUGAAAUCUGAAUCUGAAAUCUGAAUCUGAAAUCUGAAAUCUGAAUCUAAAAUCUGAAUCUGAAAUCUGAAUCUGAAAUCUGAGUCUGAAAUCUGAAUCUGAAAUCUGAAUCUGAAAUCUGAAUUUGAAAUCUGAAUCUGAAAUCUGAAUCUGAAAUCUGAAUCUGAAAUCUGAAUCUGAAAUCUGAAUCUGAAAUCUGAAUCUGAAAUCUGAAUCUGAAAUCUGAAUCUGAAAUCUGAAUCUGAAAUCUGAAUCUGAAAUCUGAAUUUGAAAUCUGAAUCUGAAAUCUGAAUCUGAAAUCUGAAUCUGAAAUCUGAAUUAGAAAUCUGAAUCUGAAAUCUGAAUCUGAAAUCUGAAUCUGAAAUCUGAAUUAGAAAUCUGAAUCUGAAUCUGAAAUCUGAAUCUGAAAUCUGAAUCUGAAAUCUGAAUCUGAAAUCUGAAUCUGAAAUCUGAAUCUGAAAUCUGAAUCUGAAAUCUGAAUCUGAAAUCUGAAUCUGAAACCUGAAUCUGAAAUCUAAAUCUGAAAUCUGAAUCUGAAAUCUAAAUCUGAAAUCUGAAUCUGAAAUCUAAAUCUGAAAUCUGAAUCUGAAAUAAGAAUCUGAAUCUGAGCUUUUUGAAUUCUUCCUCUAAGUUCAGAAUCUGAAUUUCAAUUUCUGAAUUGCUUUUUAUUUGGAAAAUCUCUUGUCAUUUUGAUUCGAGAAUCAUUCUGUCUUUUUUAUUUUCUAUUGUGAUUUUCUGCUCCUUGAUUGUUUUUGUCUAUUUUUCUCUGUUUAUACAUUAAAAUAAAAAUUGAUCUGAUUUCUCCAAAAUUUACUCAAAAAAGCCAAAAAAUUCAGCCCAUGUAAUGCUGUAAAAAGAACAUCACGACAAUACACAAACCGAUCACCACACAAUUUAUGAAGAGCAAAACAAAAAAAAAAACAAAAUAGAAAUGUAUAAUACAGUACAGUUUACCGUUUAUAAGCUCCAAUUCCAAAAACAAACUUAAACCAAAAAGAGCCGAAUGAUAAAUAGUUUUCACGACACCAGUUGUAGAGGAACUUUGAUUAAAUUCAGUCAAUUUCAAAUCGAAAUCGUUACCAAAACAGCUACAAAAAAAAAAUCUUUGAUAUUUUCCUCGUUCCAAAAUCGAUUGCAACAUAUUCCAAUUCCAGUACCCAACAUUAUCAACAGUACAAUGACUCGUAAUUCCCAAAAUUUUAAUAGGAAAAUAUAACAGAAAAUAAGUAAAAAAAAUCCACUUCCAAUUAUUAAGUUUUUCCCUUCCCUCAAAAAUUAAAUGGGUCAUAAGCAGAAAAUCAAACAGGGCUUAUUUUAGCGGAACAAAAUCUCCCUCAACAAAAAAAAAAGUUUAUCUGUAAGAUCGUAAAGUGCCAUAUCAGAAAAAACAAGAACAAACAAAUGAGAUCGAAAAACACGAUGAUAAUAAGCCAACGUGCGCUAACAAAAUCAGCAAAACUCAAAUAAAAACAUACUUUCAAAAAUACCAUACUCGAAAAGAAAAAAAAAAGAUAAACUGAUAUUGUAACUUAUUCGUGUGAUGAAUGAAAAUCGCUAGCCGGGAAAUCGAACAAAAUAAGGGAUGUUGUCAAGUGUUUUUUUUUUUGCGUUUAUUUUAUAAACGUACAUGCAACCAUCAUUUAUUGCUGAAAUGAAAAUAAAAAUGUUAUCAAUGAAAAUGGUACAGGAACACAUAGACACACAAAACACUCGAAACGAUGGGGUAGGUGGGAAUUGCUGGAAUAAAAAUAAUUUUUCUGGAA